GCCUCGGGGACAUGUAGUCAGACACAACUGUCAGAUAGAGUAGUUGUAAAUAUAGAAUUUUUUAAGACAGUUGAUAAAUGGAUUUGUAACAAUACAACAAGAUGUCAAGCACUUCAAAUAAAUUAGAUUUAGGUAUGUAUAGGAAUUCCAAUCAAAAUGCUAAGUGUCUACCAGCAAAACUCUCUCUCUCUCUCUCUCUCUCUCUCUCUCUUCUAGUAUUUUAAAGCUUUGUGGAAAAAGGUAUUUCCUUCCUUAUAUAGCACAAACAUUUACUUCCCAUCAGUGAGGUUUUUAUCCUUUUUUUUGGCUAUCUGGCACAAAUUUCAUAAUCCACCAACAAGGAGGAGAGACUUAAAUCUUCUCUGAUGGAACAACUAAGGAAGGAGCCAUGCCCCUCUGAGACCUCAACCAUCAUCAUCUCUACACCAGAGGCUGCUUCAUGUCCAGAUAAGCCAUCCCAAAGCCCAAAAGAGAUCAAUCUAGAAGAAGAAGAAGAAGAAGAAGAAGAACAAGAAGAUCAUGAAAAAAAGACAAAGGUAGAUCUCUUAUUUAAUCUGGAGCUCCAUAGUAAGGAUGCUGCUGAUCAUGGAUUCAAUACAGAACUCAAUCUUAUUGAUUGCUUGAACACGGAUUCAUCUCAAACAUCCUCAGAAAUUCCCCAGCCUGCUGAUGCUGAACCACGAGUUUUCUCAUGCAACUAUUGUCAAAGAAAAUUCUAUAGUUCACAGGCACUAGGGGGACACCAAAACGCCCAUAAGAGGGAGAGGACCCUAGCCAAGAGAGGACAAAGGUUAGGUGCACCGAUGGUUGCUGCAGCCACAGCUUUUGGGCAUCCUUACUUCCAUCAUCAGCAUUAUUCUAGCAUGGCAUCUCUUCCUCUCCAUGGUGCUUACAAUAGAUCACUUGGGAUUCAGGUUCACUCGAUGAUCCAUAAGCCUUCUCUCACAACACCUUCUUCUGGGUCUGGAAAUUUGUAUGGGCAUCGCAGCUGGUCAAGACCUCCUAUUGACCAACAACCUGCAGUAGGAAGACUAGCAGUGGAGAAUUGUCAUGAAGGUGUAACAGCAGGACCAUUGUCCCGAGGCGGCAUUGGUAGGUUUGACACAGUAAGGAUGAUGAUCAAUUCACAGGCUAAUGAGGGGAUUGGUGGUUUUUGCUGGACAGGUGGGGGUCGCCUGAAGACUAAUCAGGAUGAGUUGCAGAAACUUGACUUGUCUCUCAAGCUCUAAGUAGCCAAUUGUUUUUGUAUUUUUAAUUUUUUAUCUUAUCUUUUAUCUUUGAUUGAGAUUCUGUUUAGUCUUUUUUGGAAUAAUACUGUAAAUUUUGAUCAUAGGAAAGCUAAAGAUUUUUUUUUCUUUUUUUCUUUUCUGUUCCUGACUUGAACCAUUCAACUAAUAUUAACUUUUGACA